CCACAAGAGAGGGCCUGUGCGCAAGCCCCAAAGCAAGCGAGAUGUCCCUGUGGGGAGCAGUCCCUCUGCACCCCCAGAGAGAGGAGGACGCAGGGGUCUGUCAGAGGUCGCUGCUGGGCAAGCAGGGGAGGCACCUGUGGAAGGUGGUGUGCUGGUGGCCCCCUAGCAGUCAGGAAGGGGAGCCAGCUAGUGAGAAGAUCGCCCAGAGGCAUCUGGGACGGUGUGGGAAAGCCCGGAAGAUAGAACCAUGCCUCACAGCUCCGACAGCAGUGACUCCAGCUUCAGCCGCUCUCCUCUCCCUGGCAAACAGGACUCAUCUGAUGAUGUGAGGAAAGUUCAGAGGAGAGAGAAGAAUCGCAUUGCUGCCCAGAAGAGCCGACAGAGACAGACACAGAAAGCCGACACCCUUCACCUGGAGAGUGAGGACCUGGAGAAACAGAACGCUGCUCUGCGCAAAGAGAUCAAACAGCUCACCGAGGAGCUCAAGUACUUCACAUCGGUGCUCACCACCCACGAGCCCCUGUGCUCCGUGCUGGCCAGUGGCACUCCCUCACCCCCCGAGGUGGUAUACGGCGCCCAUGCCUUCCACCAGCCUCACAUCAGCUCGCCACGCUUCCAGCCCUGAGCUUCCGGACAAGAAGAGAACAAACAAAGCCUUGGUCGAGGCUACCCCCAUGGUCCUUUGGAGGGGCACGCAAACUGAGGCCGGGCUGCCCUCCUACCUCUACCCAGAGGCCCAGUGGCAGAGGCCUGGACAAGUAUUGAACACAAGCACUGUAGUGGUCAGAGGGACUUAAGGCCUCCCAGGAAAGUACAGUCACUGUAUUGGACUCUCCCAGGGAAGUCGAGCCAAUGUACUGGACCAGGAAAAUGACAAGACAACUACAGAGUGUCGUGGAUGAUGCCCAAGAUGCACAGCACAGAGGGAGGAGGGCAGGGAAUGGAUAGUUUUCUAAAUAAAUACUUUCUAAGAAACCA